ACAGACAGAGAGGUGGCACUAGUGCUCUCAAGAUGAACUCAUUGGUCGUAGUUGCAGUUGCCGUGUGCGUCCUUGUGCCCGGUGCACGUUGUGCUUCAGAAACAAUUGCCUGGUGCUUUAAUUUACCAUCUUGCAAUGAAACCACCUGGGCGACGAUAGCUGCUCCCUUCUGUAACGGGACCCGUCAGUCACCCAUCAACAUCGUCUCAGCAAAUGCCACAGCGGACGCCAACCUGACGGCCUUCACCUUCACAAACUACAGCAACACCUCGGCACUGACAAAGAUUGAAAACACAGGAGACACAGUCAAAGUCACACUUGCUGAUGGAGUCAAGAUUUCAGGAGGAGACCUGUCUGAGGACUAUGACAGCCUGCAGUUCCACCUGCACUGGGGCAAUGGCAGCACUACCCCCGGCUCAGAACACACCGUGGAUGGCAAACGUUACCCCAUGGAGCUACACAUUGUGAACAGUAAGGCAUCCUAUAAAAAGAACACAACACUGGCUGUUGGCGACUCUACAGGUCUUGCCGCUCUUGGAUUCUUCAUUGAUGUGAUGUCUGGUACAAACACCGCUCAGCCUCCAGGCUGGAAUACACUGACUUCCUAUUUGAAAAACAUCACAGAGAAGAAUACUUCUGUUUCGAUGGCUGCUGGAAUUUCUUUGGACGAUCUUCUGUUUGGGGUGGAUCGCACAAAGUAUUAUCGCUACCUCGGAUCCUUGACAACCCCUGCCUGCAACGAGGCUGUAGUUUGGACCGUGUUCAAGGAUCCCAUCAUGGUCAGCAAAGAUCUGAUUGACCUCUUUGGGUCAACAGUUCGCUUCUCCAACAGCACAUCCUCUUUCAUGACCAACGUCUACCGCAGCAUCCAAAACAGUCAGCCUGUGAGGACACAGCCCACCUCAUCCGCCACACGGCACACUUUGAGUCUGAUGUCUCUCACCCUGCUACUAGGAACAUUUUGGGGAUAAAAGGAAUUGUAAUUUAUUUUUCCCCAAAUUUUCCCCAAAAACAACCAAGCCAUAUUAUUUAUCAUGUUUUCCUCUUAACUCUAACAAAUCUUUAAAGAUGAAGUUUGGUGGCGUUUUGCCCCCCCCCCCUCCCACGCCUUUUUCCAGUGCCUGUAGUCAUUCAUUUUAAACACACAGGACAGGGACUAACGUGCAAAUCUAAUAUUUGUUAAGCCAAUUCAGACAUCCUGGUGCUUCUAAAAGGAUGUCAAAGUUUAUGCUUCUGUGUCAUUUCUGCAGUGUUACAGAGCUGAUAUGCACUAAUUGAAGCAUGCACCAUUUAUCAAGUUUAUGUUUAUACUCUUAUGCACAAAUGCAUCGUUUUUUGUUCAGUUAUUUUCUUAUUUUCAUUUGAGCAGAUGUAUCUGCUGUUACUAAUGCUCUGAGCUGUUGGUGUAAUGAAGGAUUUGAAUUUUUCUUAAUUCAGAUGAACAUGUUAUUUAUCAUUGAACAGGCACUUUGUCCGGACUGUACACAAGUGUUGCAACGUUUGAUAUCAUAAGCUCAAUAAAGGUUAUCAUUUGAGUCAGAAA